ACUGGAACUGAAACGCUGCGGAACCAGAGGCGGAGGGGAACCAAGCGGACGGAAUGAAAGGAGCGCGGGACCGGCAGGCCUAGCGCUGAGGCUGAGGCGGCGACCAGGCGAUGGAGGGUCUGCGGGUCCUGGAGCUGUACAGCGGCAUAGGCGGAAUGCACCACGCGCUGAAAGAAAGCUGUAUUCCUGCGCAAGUUGUGGCUGCAAUUGACGUGAAUACGGUAGCUAAUGAAGUAUACAAGUAUAAUUUUCCUCACACCCAGUUACUAGCUAAGACAAUUGAAGGUAUUACACUAGAAGAAUUUGACAGGUUAUCUUUCGAUAUGAUUUUAAUGAGCCCUCCAUGUCAGCCAUUCACAAGAAUCGGCCUACAGGGUGAUAAGACUGAUCCAAGGACCAGUAGCUUCUUACAUAUUCUAGAUAUUCUUCCCAGAUUACAAAAAUUACCUACAUGUAUUCUUUUGGAGAAUGUUAAAGGUUUUGAAGUAUCUUCUACAAGAGAUUUAUUGAUACGGACAAUAGAAAAUUGUGGCUUUCAAUACCAAGAAUUUUUAUUAUCUCCAACCUCUCUUGGCAUUCCAAAUUCCAGGCUACGAUAUUUUCUUGUUGCAAAACGCCAGUCACAGCCAUUACCUUUUCAGGCACCUGGACAGGUACUGAUGAAAUUCCCCAAAAUGGAAUCUGACCAUCCACAACAAUAUUCAGUAGAUGCAAAACAGAAAGCAGAAGAAAAGGAAAUCCAACCAAGUGUGUGUUCUGGUAGCAACAAGCUACGUCCUGGAAAAGAUACCAUUCUUUUUAAGCUUGAAACUGCAGAAGAAAUUGACAGAAAACGUCAACAGGACAGUGAUCUCUCUGUGCAAAUGCUGAAAGAUUUCCUUGAAGAUGACAUUGACACGAAUCAGUACUUUUUACCACCUAAGUCAUUGCUAAGAUAUGCUCUCUUGUUAGAUAUUGUUAGCCCCACUUGUAGAAGGUCCACUUGUUUUACGAAAGGUUAUGGAAGUUACAUAGAAGGGACAGGAUCUGUGUUACAGACAGCAGAGGAUGUGCAGAUUGAGAAUAUCUACAAAUCCCUUCCUAGUUUAUCACAAGAGGAAAAGAUAACAAUGUUGUCAAUGCUUAAACUGCGGUAUUUCACUCCUAGAGAAAUAGCUAAUCUUCUUGGAUUUCCUCCAGAGUUUGGAUUUCCUGAGAACAUUACUGUGAAGCAGCGUUAUCGUCUCCUUGGAAAUAGUCUCAAUGUCCAUGUAGUAGCUAAACUAAUCAAAGUAUUGUGUGAAUGAUUUUGAAAUAAUUCUGAAACAUAGCCAUGAUAUCCAGUCAGGUAGAGAUAAUGAUUAUAAAAUUCCAUUUUAAAAUAUUUCUUAGGAGAUACAGCUGAAUUUUCUUGAUAAGAAAGUCUUCAACAAGAAAUUUAGAAUUUAUUCAAGAUACAUCAGUUUGUUUCUUUGAAUUUAUAAUAUAUAUUGUAUUUUGUGAAGUGCAAAUUAUUGUUAUGCUUUAUGGAAAGAGUAUUUUCAUAUGAAACUGUUAAGUAUAUGUGUGGCAUACUGUCUUAAGAAUAUUAUGGUAUAAACAGAUAAAGGAACAUUAGAAUUUUAACAUAUACAUUAAUAUUUUAUAAAACUUUAAAGUAGACAUAAUGAAACUGAGAAGAUAUAUAUUUUAUAUGUUAAUUAAGUGAAGUUAUUUUACUUUUUCAUUUUUUAUUUGUUAUACUUUUUUAAUUGCUUCUGAUUCUAAAAUGAUGAUUCUAAUUGUAGCCUGUUUCAAUUAAAAGUAUCACUUAAUUUCAAUCCAUUAUAUGUUCCUUUAUUACAUUUACAUUUUAGUUAUUUUAAUUUAAGCACCUGUUUAAGUAUUUUAAAGCAAGUUUUUAUCAUUUAGCUUACACAGUAAUAUGAUGAAUAUGUUAGAAAAACAGCUGUAAAUGCUUAAUUAUCUCUUCAUCAGGAGACUAUGUAGGUGCAUGUUAUAUAUUUUAUGUUUUCUGAAUGGUGAAGAUUGGCCCCUCUUCACUUGCUUAUGCAAGGGUACUUGCUUGUUGUUUUCCAUUAUCAGAACUUGUUUUGUCUUCCUCUCAGUUUUUAAUUUACCAUUAAAUUCUAAGAGAGUUGUCAUUUAUUGUAGCAGUUACAGGGAGCCAACUAACAUACUCACCUCCUAUAUGGAGUAACUGGAUUUGAGAUUUGGCCCUACUUCUCAUUCCUGCUUCCUACUGAUACUGAUCCUCAGGGCAGCAAGUGAUCGCUUAGGUAGUUGGGUCCCUGCCACCCACUGGCUGAUGUGGAUUCUAGCUCUUGGCUUUGACCGGGACCAUUCCCAGCUGUUUGUAAUAUUUUGGGAGUAAAGAUUUCUCUGUUUCUCAGCAAUAAAGCAAAUGAUUUUGAUUUCAGCAAUAAAGCAAAUGACAAAGAAUUGAAAAGAAACAAGACUAAAAUUGUAUUACAAAAAUGUAAUUCAUAUUUUUAUCCUUGAAAAACUAAUUUCUAUUUGAGAAAUUAUAACAUUUGUGCAUUACUGGGGGUAUAAAGUGGAAAUAACUCAAAUGUUCAUCCCAACAAUGGAUAAAUUGAAAAAGAUGAUGUGGUAUGUACAAUGGAAUAGUAUUCAACUUUAAGAAGGAAUGAAACUCUGACACACACUAUGGAUGAACCUUGGGAUGUUAUAAGUGAACAAGCAACAUGUGAAAGGAUAAAACUGUAUGAUUCCACUUAAAAUAGGUACCUAGGAGAGUAAAGUUCAUGGAGACCACAAGGAGGAUGAUGGUUGCCAGUGGCAGGGGUAUGGGAGACAGGGAGUGGAUCUUUGCUUCUGUCCUCAAAGAUGAGAAAGGUGUGGAGAUGCAUAGUGAUGAUAGUUACACUACAGUGUGAAUACCUAAUGUCCCAAACCAUACAAUUAGAAAUAAUGAAGAUGUUACAUUUUAUGUUAUGUAUAUUUUUCAGCUUAAGAAAUCCCAUUCCACUACCUUUUUUUUUUUUUCCACAGCUCACAAAUAAAUACGGAUAAAAGGAAGUUGUAGACCAAUACAAACCUUAUUAGACAAGUCCCAAAGGUUAGUAUAGAAUCUCAAAGCAUUUGGCAUACUUUCAUGUAAGUUCUCUUCACAGCUGAAGAUUCUUAGUAAAAUAGUUUACAGUAUUACUGUAAUUUUACCAACUAUAAUAAUUCUACAAUUUUAGUGGCCUGUGCUCCAUUGAGAAACAUUAUAUAAAAUAAAUUUAAUUAUAGUACCUCAACUAUAAACACAUGAAAAAUAUUUGGAGACAUUUACUUACCAACUGAAAGACAAAAGAUGGCUUUGUGGAAUGUUUUAAUUAUUGAAGUCUAUAUUCACAGGCAGCUGGUGAUUCUUAACCUUAAUUCAUACUUAAAAAUGUAUAGUAACAAGCAAAAAAAAACCCUUAAUGAAGAUAUAUUUAUUAAUGCCAUUUAAUUAGCAUAUGUAUGCAUAACUUGGGAAAUGGUCGUUUAUUGAAUUAAAGUUUGUAGGAAUGUUCAUAAAAUAUACAUUGAAAAUUCUGCUUUCUGAUUUUAGGACUUAAAAAUUUAUUCACUAGGUUGAAAAAUAUGGCCUCUGGCUUUCUCAAGAACUAUAUGAAGUUAAAUCAUUGCUAUUCCCAGCAGCAAACAGAUUUUUCAUUUUCUUCUUUGGAACACCCCUACUCUUUUAAGUGGUAUAUUAGCACUGAUCUGUGUUAGAAGUCAAGCAGCAGAGACUCAAAUCAGCACUUCAGGUAUGGGAUGCCAACGUCUCAAUGACUUUGCCUGUUGGUGCCACAAGGCUGUUCCCAAGUCUUUUGAAUUGCCUUGUUAGGCUGCAUGGCAACCGCAUAGGAUAUCAAGACAGAUGGUACUAGUGGUGUGCCAGGCAGUUUGGCAAGGCAAGUGUCCAUAGGGUUCCUUCACAGAAAUCACUGUCAGGAUUUUGCUCCAAACUCAACCUAGGUCAAAUUUGAUGUGAUUGAGUAGAAAAUUUCUGACAAGACAAAAAUGUAGCAAAGGACAAAUGAAACUGGCUCAGUUCUGUCUAUAGCAGUACAGAAUAAAGAAGCAACCACUUUUCAUUCAACAUGAAGUGCUUUAUAAGGAUACUUACUACAGGUCAGUUUUAUAGGCACCCAAAUUAAAGUUACUGUUGGCUCGUGUGCUGUAAUAACUUUACAAUAUGGAGAUUCACAAUAAGCCAAAAUAACAUAUUGAGGGCCUAAUUUUAGGCAUAGAUGAGGAAAAUGAUUAAACCAUAUUCCUGAUUCACUUUCGUUAUUAAACUGAAAUUAAACUUAUAGUUUGAUCUUCAGUCUGGAAAUAUUUCAGGCUACCAGUAUUACAUUGAGUGAAUAAGAGGAUUGGACUUUGAAAUUGAGAGAGGAACAUAUGACUUCAGCAAUUUCCUCACCGUCUGUGAUCGACCUCAGAUUAUAUAAUUUUCUGAGACAUGGACUUUGUACCUCUCUGUACUAGUACUCUCUCAGCUUUCACUGUCCAGUGUACUGCGUUCAACUCUCCUGUCAACAGACAUUAUUUCUGGGCCUCUACAUUGUUUGUCCAUUAAACACAUGUGACUGGUCAUCAUAUUUCAUUGGA